UAUCAGAGGAUUAUAAAGGAGAGGCGACAGUGCGGCCAGUUCUUUGCUGUGGGUAGGACAGGGUUAAUGGUGUGCUCUUGCCGAGCUCUUCCACCUGGGAUUACAGGAAGGGCCUGAUCAAAGAUCCUAUAGGAUCUUAGGGCCUGAUACAGGAGACUGCGGGUUGUUAAGUGGUGAGAGUCUGAAAAUAUAGAGAGAGAGAGAGAGAGAGAGAGAGAGAGAGACUUGGUCUGUGAACAAAGGAGAGAAGCUACGUUCUGCAACUUCCCCAGAAGGAACAGACGGCAAGUACGCAAACUGCUACACUUUAGGAGGAAGUAAAUACUGCUUAAGGUGCAGAUCAGUCUGAAGGGUCCCGAUCCGAAACGUCACCUAUCCAUGUCCUCCUGCGAUGCCACCUGACCCGGAUAUGAGUUGAAGAUCCCUUUACUGUCAACUUCCAGAUAUUAUAGACUUUUAGUGAGAUUGUGGAUAGUUCUCCACCUUCAUGCCUUUUAACAAUGGCACGUUACAGAUACUUCAUAUUUAAUCAGCGUGCAAUGGUCCCACUGGGAAUUCUACAACUAGCUUGUUCCACAAUCUGUAUAGUUUGCGGCUUCAUAGAAGGAUUUUUUCGGAAAGAUUCCGUGCUCCGUCGGACUAGAAUACCCAUCUGGACAGGCAUGGCACUCGCAUUUCCAGGCAUUCUGGCAUUAUUUUCCUCGCAGAGAAAGAAUCCCAUUAUUGUGACUGCUAUGAUUGCAUCAGCUGUACUUUCUUGGAUAACCACAACUGUUUUGAUAAUAUAUGCUGCAUUGACAUUGAGUUAUGGUGAAGAUGACGAUGAAGUGUUUCAACAUAAAACCAGUGAAGUAAUUCAUGUGGAAUACAUACUCAGCAAAUUUGUUCAAGGAGCCAAUAUGAUCAUAUUAUUUGCAUCUGUGGUUGGUAUUCUGAUGGCAACUAUCAUAGCCUAUCUUGGCUGUCAAAGCCUUCCGACCUGUGGCUGCUUUGACAGUACAACUGGAAUGCAGGCAUUGAUGACAGAAGACCAUCCGCCUCAGAUGAUUGAGUUAGUCAGUAACUGGCAAGGUGGCAGUGCACAGCAAGUGCUAAAUGAUCAUCCAGUGCAGUGUGAUGGGAAUGGAGCCACUGAGGAGACAGAGCAGUCACCAAUGUCAGCACCCUAUGUGCAAUUUGCUUAAAAUCAUCUUUAAUUGCCGUGUUUGCCUUAUUUGAUGGAAGAUGAAGACUGUUUCCCUUUUAUCAGAGAUAAAUGCAUAAAGCUGUAGUAACUCAACAGGUCAGGCUGCAUUUCUGGAGUAAAGGAAUGGAUGACGUUUCGGGUUGAGAGCCUUCUUCACACUUUGAGUCAGGGAAAAGGGAAAUGAGAGGUAUGGACGGUGGUAUAGAGAUAUAGAACAAAUGAAUGAAAGAUAUGAGAAAAAGUAACUAUGAUCAAGGAAACGGUCCAUUGUUGGCUGUGGGCUAGGUGGUAACGAGUUAUACAGACACUAUCAAGUUAUUCAUUGUCUGUACAAUUUGUUUUCUCAUAGCCCACAGCUAACAAUGAACUGUUUCCUUGAUCAUCAUUACUUUUUUUUUUGGCAUAUCUUUCAUUCAUUUGUUCUAUAUCUCUCUAUAUCACCGUCCGUAUCUUUGGUUUCCCUUUCCCCUGACUCUUGGUCUGAAUAAAGGGCCUGUCCCACUUGGCUUUUUUUUAAAUUUUAUUAGCUGACUGACUUAUCAGUUUCGCCAAAAGAUUUUGAACAUUUCAAAAUCCAGUGACGACAAAAAAAAUGUUGCGAUACUUGAAAAAACACCGCGCAUCGUACGUCAUCACGCCCGCAUUGCACCGCAAAUUUUUCGAUGACUUAAUAUGUCAGUCAAUGAUGCCGGCAGUCGCUGAAAAAAAUCGCCAAGUGGGACGUCACCCAUCCCUUUUCUGCUGAGAUACUGCCUGACCUGCUGAGUUACUCCAGCUUUUUGCCUAUCUUCAGUUUAAACCAGCAUCUGCAGUUCUUUCCUACACAUACUCCUUUUAUUAGACUUUAUUGACAUGACUGAAUCUGAAGAAAAUUUAAAAAUUAGGAAGUUUACCAAGUUAUUGACAGCUUGGAACAAAUUUUCUACACAUUAUUACUGUGUACAAUACUCAGGGCAAUUGACAGAAACUACGAAUAAUAUUUUGCCACUUAGAAAUCUUCUUAUAAAAUGCCAUUGCUGUAAGAGGCAGUGUGACAAUAUGUUAAUUUGUUUAUAUUGAUUAAAAUACUGUGUUUAUGCUUUAAAAAAAAAUCAUGAUCAAGCUGUUGUGAUGCAUUUGUGCCCAUCUCUAUAAUUGUGUGGGAAAACCUCUCAAGCUCGCUGUGAAGUCUCAUUGUAGAGGCUCUUUUGCAGUGGCUCACUAAGAGAUCCAUCUGCCCAAAACAUUGAACACAAAUUGUCGGAUUAACUCAGUGGAACAGGCAGCAUCUCUGGAGAGAAGGAAUGAGCCAAUGCUGCCUGUCCCGCUGAGGUGCUCCAGCAUUUUGUGUCCAUCUUCAGUGUAAACCAGCAUCUGCAGUUCCUACAUAGUGUCGUCCCUCACCAUUUUUCCAACAGAUUCACCAGUGGCAUUUUCUUUGUGUCAAUAAAUUUAGUAGAGAACCAUAAAUAACUGCAGCAUU